AUGAUUUCAUCAACAACAUCUUUAGUUUCAAAUCGAUUAUCAAAUAUUUCCAAUGAAAAUUCUAAUGAAGAAGAUCAAUUAAAUCGUAUUAAUUUACAAGCCUUACAAAAUCGUGAUCCAUAUAUUACAAAAAUAAUUGAUCAAGCUCAACGUGUUUGUGUUUAUAAAUUUAUUGCUGAAAAACGUGAAUGGGAGCGUAAAGAUCUCGAAGGAACAUUAUUUGUUUAUGAAAGAUCAUGUGAACCUUAUCAUGGUUUUGUUAUAUUAAGCACUGUUUCACGUGAAACAUUUGUACAGAUUAUUAAAUCAUCUAUGGAAUUUAAACAUUCACCAAAUUAUGAGGCAUUUCUUCAAUAUAAAGUUGAUGUUGGAGACAUUUAUGGAAUAUGGUUUAUAUCAAAAAAUGAUUGUCCACGUGUAACUGAAUGUUUAAAACGUUUAACAAUGACAGUAAAAGAAAGUGAUCAAUCAAGAAAUACUUUAACUAACGAAUUGUUAUUUUCAACAAUAACUCAAAGUUCUUCCGAUAUAUUUUCAUUAUUAGUAAAUGCUCAAGAAAAAUUUCAAGACACGAAACGUAAACAAGAACCAGAUACAAUGUCAAGUAUGCCAGCUGCAUUAUUACGUCUUUUUUCUAUUCAAGAUAAUCCAUUACAACCAACAAAUAAUGAUGAACGUGAACAAGAAUUAAAAAAAACAUUAGGAAUUUUAGGCAAACCAGCUUUAAGUGUAACUGAACUUGAAAAACAAUUACUUCAACCAUCAUCUUCAGAACCAACAAAAUCUAUGAUUACUUCUACAGGAAACCCAAACAUUGUUGAAAUUCUCGUGAAACCUAUUCCAAUUUCUAAUAAAAAUUCAGUUCAAACUCCACCAGAAUCUGUAUCACCAAAUGGUAUAACAAAUCCUUUAAAUGAUUGGAAAACAUCUAAUCACAGUCAUUCUAAUGGAUUUCAUUCUCAUUCAGAUAGUAAUGGUCGUUUAAUGACACCAGCUGAAUUUCAGACAUUACGUAUGCCUCAAUCACCAGUUCUUGUUGCUCCUAUACAAAUUGCUUCAACGUCAUCUUCUUGUCAUCAUUGUCAACAUCAACCAACAUCAUGCAUGAAUCGUUUUUCUAAAGAUUCACUUCGACAAUUAUUAGUUGAUAUGCUUCAAAAUGAUGAAGAAUUUCUAACUGGUUUACAUAAUGCAUAUACAGAUAAACAAAAUAGUCUACAUCGAAUUUAUUCCUAA